GUUUCUUAUUUUUUUCUUUCUUUCAUUUAAAUAUGAUUAAAAAUAUUGGCAAAUUCAAACAGUGGACAGAGGAAAAGCUGGGUAACGCUAAAAUCACCCUGCAGACAGAAGAUUUCCAACGUCUUGAAGUCGAAACUGAAAGAAAACGUAUUGCCUAUGAAAAACUCCAUGCUGCUGCUUUUUUAUUACAAGCUCAAUUGCUUAAGCGAAAAAUUUCCCCUGAAGACAACAAAUCAAAAAGAAUACCCAAUGAUAUGCUUGGUGUAUGUAUGAAUAAUUAUGGUAAUGAGUUUACAGACGAAACUCCUCUUGGUGUGGCUAGUAUCAAUUUUGGGCAAGCUCAAUCCAAGUUGGCUGUGUUCCAAGAAGAAUAUGCUGAUGCCAUGAAGACUGUAUACCUUGAGAAAUUAGAUGAAGGUCUCGCACAAUUUAGAGAAUACCAACAAUUACGCAAGAAGCUUGAGUCUCGUCGACUUGAUUAUGAUUCGAAGCUAAGUCGUUUACAGAAAUCGAAAAAGGAAAAGCCCGAGCUAGAACAAGAAAUGCAAGCAGCUAAAUUAAAGUAUGAAGAUUCUGAAUACGAUGUGAUUCAAAAGAUGGCUGCUUUACAAGAGUUUGAGGAUGUGCAUUGUGAUGUUCUUCAACACUUGUUAGAUAUUCAGAUGGAAUACUUUAGUCACUCAUUGGAAGUAUUGACUGAAGUUCGAAAUAACUGGGGCCAUCGCCAAACUGCUCCCACGAGACGUAUGACAGAUUUGUCUCGUACAUCAAAUAACUCUUCUGUGGAUGAAAACGCACCAAUGAACAUGCUGCGAUCACCCGUCGUAACGCCUAGAAAACUUUCAGUAGGCAGUAAAAAUGGAAGUUAUGACAACACCCUGACUCUACCCGCUAUGACCCUAAGUAACUCCAACACAACAAGACGUAUGCCCCCUCCUGCUCGCAAAAACUCAAAUGUCAGUGACGACUUCCAACGUACACCACCACCUGCUUUGCCCAGAAGACAAUCACUACAAGCCGAAGCACCAAUGAAAAACCAGAGAAAAGCAACCUAUGAAUUUGGAGGUGAAAAUUCAGAUGAACUUUCAUUCCGUGUAGGAGAUGUGAUCCAAGUCGUAGAAGAAGUGGAUGAAGGUUGGUGGUUAGGUGAGAUCGCUGAUCCAAAUGGUACUGUUCGUCGUGGUAUUUUUCCUGUCAAUUAUACAGAAGCUGUUAGCAACGGUGCUGGUCCACCCAUGCCUGCAAGACCUGUUUUAUCUUCUCAGCAUCCUUCACAAAGCUAUAUUCAUGAAGAACCAGAAAUGAUUGAAGAAGAGACAGGUUCACCUUUUGGAGAUCGUAGUGCCAACAAUGGUUUCUCGUAUAUCAGACCUAAUACUAGUAAUCAGCCUAGUCGUACAGUGUCUUCAAGCACCAUUGUUUCAUCUCCUGCAAGUUCACCCGUACCUCAAUACAAGGUAGCCACCACAAAGAGAGCUCCACCUCCACCUCCACCUUCUUCCACUAGACCCAAUAUGGUCAACUCGAGAAGUUCUUCAACUAUGAAAUCAGUGCGUACAGCACCUUCCACACCACAACUUCAUGUUACUCAAACGGACAGUUAUUUUGAAUCUGCUGUUGCUUCUUGCCAAGAGUGUGGUUGUAAUGAUUUUACAGCUAAUGUCUUUAAAAAGGGUCAUUGUAACAACUGUUUUCACAAGCAUUAACAAUAAAAAAAAACUACAUAAUUCAUGUCGUACAGUGUACGCCACAAACACAAAGCU